AUGUUAAAUAAUAAUAAUAGAGCUUCGUCAUCAUCACUAUCUAGUAGUAGUAGCAGCAAUAGUAAUAGUAAUAUUGUUGGUGGUGGCACAUUGAUUACAUCGGAUACAUUGGAAUCGUUUCAAAAGAAUCUCUAUGGCAAUUUGAUCUCUGCGAUAAAGAUAUCGAAUCAACUUCCAGUGGAGGAGGAUCAUUCCUACUACUCCACUUAUCCUGCAUUUAAGAAUAAAAUGAAUGACUUUGGCAAACGUCUAUUGAAUCUCACUCAAAACUUUGUGAACGCAGAGGAUCCCAAGAAUCAAGACAAUCUCUUCUCAAACAUCGAUGUCGACGAUGUCGAUGAAAUCUCUGAACGUUUCCCAUCGAUCGUUGAUGUAGUCGAUGGUAUUAUUGAUAAAGUAGAUAACUUUACCGAUAGACUAGAUAAGCCACAGAAUCAACAACAGGGAUCUGCAAUUCAACCAAAUGUAUAUCUGGCAUCGACAACAACCGUUUCAAAAUCUGGUAAAUCCAAUGAAUUCAAUAUGUUUUAUGGUGUUAAUAUUCAGAGACCACAAUUGAAAUUUGAAGAUCCAAUCGAUAAUUCCAAUUUCCCAUUCCUUCCAAAGAUUCAGGAGAAACCCAAUUCAAUGGUACCACUCGAUGCUUUGUUUGAAAAGUCGAGGGUUGAGAUUGUGCAUGGCAAGGUGAUUAGAACCAAGGAGCAAGAGAAGAUCGUGUUCCCACAUCCCUACGAGUACGAACUGAACCACUUGCAAUUCUUGGCAAAGCAAAUUCAGUCGUGCCGCGAGAAUCUCUAUAAGGGACUCGACGAGACCGCCUACACCUGGGUGGAUCGCGUCGACCAACUGGCCGCGCUCACCGAAAAGUUGAAUCAGGUCGAGGAGUUUGCUGUCGAUCUCGAAGCACACAACUAUCGUUCCUUCCAGGGUUUCGUUUGUCUGAUGCAAGUCUCCACUAGAACCGAGGAUUUCAUCGUCGAUACACUCGUACUCCGCUCGCACAUGAAGAUGCUCAACGUGCCGUUCACCAACCCCAAGAUCGUAAAGGUGCUGCAUGGUAGUGAGAGCGACGUGAAAUGGCUACAGCGUGACUUUGGAAUCUACAUAGUAAACAUGUUUGACACCGGUCAGGCAUCGAGAAUUCUCGAGUAUCCUUCGGCGUCCCUCGCCUUUUUGCUUCGCUUCUACUGUGGUGUCGAUGCCAACAAGAAGUUCCAGCUUGCCGACUGGCGAAUCCGUCCAGUUCCCGAGGAGAUGAUUAAAUACGCAAGAGAGGACACUCACUAUCUGCUCUAUAUCUACGAUCGAUUGAGAAACGAGCUCGUACUCAAGGGCAAGUCGACCAACAACUACCUGAUGGAGGUACUCCGUCGAAGCAAAGAGAUCUGUCUGAUCAAGUACGAAAAGGAUAUUCUCGACGAGAAUUCGCACGCCGAGUACCUGAAAAAGAAUGGAAUCACCUACAACCCUGCGCAACUCAAGAUUUUCAGAUUGCUCUACAAUUGGCGAGAAAAGGUUGCACGUGACGAUGACGAGAGUGUUAGAUACAUUCUGCCCAACUCUAUGAUGCAACUGAUCGUUGAGAAACAGCCAACUACCAUCACCGACCUGCUGGCUUGUUGCACACCCAUUCCACCAUAUAUCAAGCAAUACGGUCACGAGCUACUACAAGAUAUUCUUAGAUCAAGAAUUUCAAACGAUGAAUCGAAACAAUUCCCAAUGGGAAUCAAUAGAUUCCUUCCACAAUCGAAUCAUAUGAUUCAACAACAACAACAACAACAACAACAGAUUCAACAACAACAGUUACAAAUGCAAGCAAUUCAUCAACAACAACAACAGCAGCAGCAGCAACAACAACAACAACAACAGCAACAACAUCACCAUCAUCAACAACAACAACAUCAACAUCACCAUCAUCACCAACAUCAUCAUCAACAAAUCGAACAAUUCACAUCUGUCUCUGCCAAUACAGUUUAUCCAAGUUCACAUUCACAAAGUCCAGUGUUAUCAACUCAUGAGUUGUAUAAAACUGCUGGCUGGCUCGAUAUUUCUAAUCAAGAACCAAUUCCACUUCAAUCACUUCUAUCACCAACUCCAAGAAGAACCGCCAGUGUCUCUUCUUCCAACCAAAACCUACAAUCCAAUAUUAGUUUACCACAAAGUCUAGUGUUUGACUCUGAAGAUAUGGAUGACGCCGAUUCCAAGAGACAUAAAAAGAUUGCAUCAAUGGUUAAGUCUUCAUUUGAUCCAUCAUCUGGAACCACUCCAGUCUUCAAGCCAGUCGCCGAACUUAGAAAUCAACCAAAUCAAAGCCAAACCAUGCUAGACGUAGAUGCACUUGGCGAUGAUGACGACGAUGACGAUGAUGACAAAUCUACCAAAUCAAACGAAAUGGAUGAAAAUGAAUUAAUUGAUUCUCAUCUCUCUGAUUCCGGUGAAGAAGAUAUUCCAAAGAGUAUGGAAGAAAUCUAUCAAUUGUCUAAUUUAAAUAGAAGAAGAAAUAAAGAAAAGAAAAAGUUGAAAGAGACAGUCCCCGCCGCAACCAACGCAAACACACAAUUGAAUGAACAAAGCAAACCAAGGAAAGGUGAUCUUUUAGAUGCCGAUCCAGUUACCUUUAUGAAAGGUAUUGGUUGGAUUCCAGACGGUGGAACUACACCCACUCACCAACAGCCGAUUCAACCGAUUAGCUCUCAGAUCGAGCAACAACCCCCAAUGCAUCAACCAAAUAGAAAUAUGGCAUCGCAUCAAUCAACUCAACCAAAGUUGAACAAGAAAAACAAACAACAUCAACAUCAUCAAUUACCACAACAACAGCAACAACAGCAACAAGGACAACAACAACAAUUUGUUCCAUUCGAUUAUAGCCAACAUCAGAAUCAACAACCACAACAACCACAAAAUGUUGUUCCACAACCAAACUUUUUCAAUAUCGAUUUCCAGACUCAAACAAACACAAAGAAAACUAAAGGAACAACUGGCGUCAGAGGUAUUAAAUCAGCUUUUGUACCCCAGAGUCAAUUUUCUAAAAAAUAA